AUUUACACUUGCAUACAAUUCUAUUCUUUAAACCUCCAUCAUCAAUAAUCACUGUAAAUAAUGAGCAACUAUAACAACACAGAGCCUGUAGUUAUUGAUGAAGAGUUGGUUCGUAAGGCUAUUAACGAACAACUCCCAUCUGAAAUUGCUGAUAUUGCUUGGAAGGAGGGUGUCGAAGCAUCUCAAGUGACUACACUUCGUCUUGAUUAUAAAAAUAUCCUCAAGAUUGAUAAUUUGUGGAUAUAUUCCAACAUGACUAAACUACAACUCGACAACAACAUUAUUGAAAAAAUUGAAAACAUUAAAUUUCUCAAAAGCUUACAAUGGUUAGAUUUGUCGUUUAAUAAUAUUACUGUGAUUGAGGGGCUAGAAGGGCUAGAACAUCUCACAGACUUGACAUUGUUCAACAAUCGUAUUUCAAAAAUCGAAAACAUGGAUGAUCUUGUCAAUCUCAAAGUCUUUUCUAUUGGAAACAACUGUAUUCCUGAAAUUGAAAACUUGGCAUAUCUACUCAAAUUUGAAAAUCUUCGUGUUCUGAAUGUGGCUGGAAAUGCGCUUUGUAAAAACCCAAACUAUAAACCAUACUGUCUAGCACACCUCAAAAACCUUAAAUAUCUGGAUUAUCGUCUUGUUGAUGAAGAAUCGCUUAAAGCUGCUCAUGAAAAGUAUAUUGAUUCAAUUAUUGCUCAAGAAGAAGAGGAAAAAGUUAUUUUGGCUAAACGGGAAAAAUUGCGCAAACAUGCCGAGCUCGACGCAGUUCAUGAAAAAGCACAUAUCCUUCAUAUUGAAAUUUUGUUUGAUUCCAUGUUUAACGAUGAUCCCGAUUUCCAGAAACUCAUACCAAUAGCCCCGUCAAUUAUUUACGAAAUGCGUGAAGAGUUCCGUGCCAAGUUUGACAUUAUCAUCAAAGAACUCAAACAUUUUGUCUUGAAAAAGUCUCAAGAAAAGGCCAAAGAAAUUCAACAGCUACAUAAAUGCAUCGACAAUGUAAAGGGUGCCAGCGAUGAUUUAUGCAUGCAAAAGUUUCAGAAAUUCCAGCAUACAAAAAAAGAAUAUCUCAAGACUGUUUUAAAUUCUCGUAACGCCAAAGAGGUUGAUGAAGCGCUCAAAACGCUUCGUGAAGACACUCAUUUGCUUUUCAACCAUCUCAUGUCGGCUGAAAUGAUCAUUGUUGAGCAGUUUGAAGAAGUUUUGAAAGAGUUUGAGCGUAAUUACACUGAGUUGUGUAGCAUAAUCAACGAAACGGGACAGACAAGUUUUUCUAGAUUGAGGGAUUUGGAGAAUGAACACCAAGAAAAGUUUUUGGAAGCAAUAUUGGUCAUGUAUGAACGGUUCAAUAAGGGUGAUGCGGAUGAAGUGGAUGACGAAAUACGAGAUAUCAUGAGUGAUAAAGAUGUUCUCAUGAAUGCAAUCAAUGCAUCGCAUGAUUUUCGGCUUGGAAAAUUGGAUCAUCAAGAGGAUGAGCUCGUUACAGGUGUUGCAAAAGACCAAGAUCAGAUCAUCAAGAAAACGCAUGACGACGAAGUUCGUCGUAACCGCAAUCGCAUCUGCGAAAUCAUUGCGUUUCUCGACAAGACUAACCAAGAGAUUGAUAACGCUGAGGAAAAUGCGUAUUAG